UCAAGAAACCACUUUAGUAAUUCUCUUAAAAGCCUUUUUUUUUCUCUUUCAAAAAUCAUUUCAAACUCAUCUUUAUGUCGUCCAACGGGUCUGAAGAGAGUCAAAUGAGGACGGCGAAGGGUGCAUCGACUAGCCGGAAGCACGGUCGAAGGGGCUCAACGGUUGGCGGGACUGAUUCUGCAAAGAAAAUGAAAAGAAUAGAAGAGAAACCUAUUGGGACGAAGAGUUUUACGAUGCCACUUUGAAUCAAACCAAUGUUGGAGACAACAAUAACAAAUUCUACAUAAUCCAAGUUCUUGAAUCAAAGUGAUGGAGGGAACUUCAUGGUUUACAAUAGAUGGGGAAGAGUUGGAAUCAAAGGCCAAGACAAAUUACAAGGUCCUUACAGUUCAAAGGAGAGUUCUAUCAAAUUAAGAGUUCACCACAAAGCUUUUCACAAAGACCAAGAACCAUUGGACAACCGCAAAGAAUUUGUCACUCGUCCAAAGUUCUAUACCUGGUUGGAAAUGGAUUACAGCAGAACCAAAGACCCGAAAUCAGUUCAAGAUGGAUCUUGUUCUGCUACAGAGGAUCAACUAAAGCUCACUGAAUCCAGAAGUUUAAGUUGUUAUCUAUGGUUGUUUCCAGGUUCAAGAUGGAUCUUGUUCUGCUACAGAGGAUCAACUAAAGCUCAUGAAGCUCGAUCCUCGAAUUGCCAAGUUUAUCUCGCUCAUUUGCAAUACCCAGAUGAUGGAACAACGAAUGAUGGCCUUGGGCUAUAAUGCUAAGAAGUUGCCCCUUGACAAGCUUAGUAAAUCCACAGUUUCAAAGGUGUAUGAUGCAUUGAGGAGGAUUGCUAACGCUAUUGACCAAUCUGAUAAGAAAAUGCUAGAGCAACUAACCGGAGAAUUUUACAACAUUCUUCCUCAUGACUUUGGCUUUAAAAGGAUGUGCAAUUGCGUUAUUGACAAUCCGUACGAGUUAAGGAGCAAACUCGAAAUGGUUGAAUCUCUUGGUGAAAUAGAGAUAGCAUCUUCACUUUUCAAUGAUGGCAUCUACAGGAAAUUGGAUGAUCCACUUCUGUCCAAGUAUCAAUGCCUUCAAUGUGAAUUGACACCUCUUGAAGUUGAUUCUGCAGACUUUUAUAUGAUYAAGCAGUACAUACAGAACACCGCAACAGCUCACAAGGUGGAUAUCGUUGAGAUAUUCAAGACUUCUAGAGAAGGUGAAAGUAAACGCUUCAAAGAGUUUACGCAGACGAAAAACAGAAUGCUACUGUGGCAUGGAUCUCCAUUGACAAACUGGGCUGGAAUACUAUCCCAAGGUUUGAGAAUUGUGCCUCCAGAAGCACCUGCACAUGCCUACAAUUUUGGGAAUUUUGGGACAAGUCUUUAUUUUGCAGACAUGUUUGCCAAAAGCGCUUUCUACUGUAGGCCAARUCGUGAAGCCACAGAUGGAGUAUUAGUUCCAUGUGAGGUUGCAUUGGGUGACAUUUACGACAAUAUAUGUUGGGAUCGGGCUAAUAAGUUGCCAACUAGGAAAUUAAGUUAUAAAGUUGUUGGUAGAAUGGCACCAAAUCCCCUUGAAGCUCAGGUUCUUGAAGAUGGUGUAGUUGUUCCGCUAGGGAAGCCCCAAGAACAGCAGCCAACCCGUGGUCUCGGAUAUAACGAAUAUAUAAUCUACAACAUCAACCAGACUCGAAUUUGCUACGUUGUACAAGUAAAAUUCUGCUACACCUAAUGACAAAAUUCAGUUCAAUAAUUUAAGCUCUGUACUUACUGGAUAUCUCCAUGAGACACUUCAGCUGCAGCUCCUUUUGCUGUGGAAUUGUUGUAUCCUGUAGAACUUGCUGUCCAGUGAAAUAG